AUGCCUCCGCUUAGUAAAAUUUGGUCUCAUUUUAUGAAGCUUGGCCAUGAGGCCACUUAUAAACAAGAAAGAGCUCAAUGUAAUUAUUGUUCACAUAAAUUGCUUGCUGCUGCAAAUCGUUGUGAACAACACCUUAAGAAAUCAACUCCUUUAGUUAACACUUCAAUUAUUAAUUUUAUUGAUAGAAUUUCUUCUGCAGAGCAACAAGAAUUUGAAAUUUUAUUUGCAACUGCUAUUUUUUCUUGUGGACUUCAUUUUUCAUUUUCUGAAUUAAAGCCAAUUCGUGAUAUUUUUUAUUCAAUUAGACCAGCUUUAAAAUUACCUUCACGAAAAAAAUUAUCAACUGAUUUAUUAGAACAUGUUUUUGAGACAACAAAAAACCAAGUGACUGAAUUAAUUAAUUCUGCAGAAAGUUUAUGCUUAAUCUGUGAUGGAUGGACAAAUUUAAUUCAAGAACAUUGGUUAAAUUUUAUUUUAACAACUCCAAAACCAGUAUUUGUAAAAGCUAAACCCACUGGUGAAAUACGACAAACAGCUGAAAAUACUGCAAAAGAAAUUAGAGAAAUUAUUGAAGAUACUGGUGCAAUGAAAAUAUCUGCUGUAAUCACUGAUAAUGCAAGUACAAUGACAGCUGCAUGGAGAAUUUUAAAACAAGAGUAUAAACAUAUUAUUUUUAUGGGAUGUACUGCACAUGGGCUUAAUUUAUUAGUGGGUGACAUAAUGCAACUUGAUUGGGCCAUGAAAAUAUUUAGUAAUGCAAAAAAAAUUGUUAAAUUUUUUAAAAAACAUACUAUCCCAGGUGCUAUUCUUAAACGUCAUCAAGCUACUAUAUAUAAUAAAAAAAUUGGUCUUAAAUUACCAGUAAAAACUCGUUGGGGUUCAGCAGCAAUUUGCAUGGAAUCUCUUCUUGAGUCUAAACUUGCUUUAAAUCUUGCUACAAUGGAAAUUAUUCAUCAACCAAAUAUUAGAAUGAAUGUAGAAAUUCAAAAUGUCAUUUUGGAUCAAAUUUUUUGGGAAAAUUUAGAAGUUCUUUUUCAAAUUUUAAAUGAAUUUGUAAUUGGAAUUCGAUAUUUUGAAAGUGAUAUUCCACGAUUGUCUGAAUUUUAUUCUUGGUAUAAAAAAUCUAUUGAAAAAAUUAGUGCUAUUAUAUCACCGAUUACAGAUAAUGUUAUUAUUAUAUGUGAAAAUCAUUGGAAAAAAAUCUAUCAUCCAGCAAUGGAAAUUGCUAAUCUUUUAGAUCCAAAACAAUAUGGCAAAGACUUACCAUCAAAUUCGAUGGAUACAAUUGCUAAUUUUAUCCAAGAAUACUAUCCUAAAGAAUCAACUACAAUUUGGAUUCAAAUUCUUCAAUAUAAAAAUCAAAGUGAUGUAUUUGCUAAUAAUCUUAGUUGGGCAUCAAUUGAUGCUGUAGAUUCUAUAACUUGGUGGAAAAGCCAAUUCCAAUACUCAGCUCCUGAACUAACAAAGAUUGCUUUAUGUAUUUUAAGAAUUCCUACAUCUUCUGCUGCUUCUGAGCGCAAUUGGUCAGCCUUUUCAUAUAUUCAUGACAAAAAACGCAACCGUUUAACCUCAGAGCGAGUGUUUAA